AUGAUAUCGAUUCAGAAUUCCCGAUUCACCCUCGUGAUAUUAUUGGUCUUUACGUUUCAAAUAUUUGUAAAUGCUGCCGAUUCUACUAAUUUGAGAGACUGCCUUAAUGGGGAUUAUAAUCCGAAUCAAGAUUAUUUCCCGGAAAAAAUUACCGUCGAACAUGCGAAAUACUUUACGAUCAACUACUCAAAGAAUUAUAAAUUAUUGACAAAUACUUUUACAAAUGAGACUUUCGCCCUUUAUCAAUGUGGUACUCCGAAACCUCCUGCUGCUGCUCUCCCAGCUGGUGCAAAAUUAUUUUCGGUUCCAGUAAAGACUGUUGCUGUUUUAGAUACCAGCAGUAAUACUUAUUUAGAGUUACUUGGUCUUCGUUCCAACAUCACUUAUGAAGCUGAAGAUACCAUUUCUAGUGUUUCUUCUCCUUGUAUUCAAUCGUUAGGAACUUCAAGUAUUAAUACACUCUCUAAAAAUUUCACACAAAAGACUCAAGAGCUUCAAAAAGUUGAUCUUGCAAUUGGUGCCUAUUUAGCCGACAACAUGACUAAUAACUCAGUUAGUACAUCAGCACCAAUUGAUCCUGGCACUCUAAACCGAAUUGAAUGGCUGGAAUUCUACGCGGUAUUUUUCAAUCUCGAAAAAACUGCGAAAACUCUAACCGACCAGUUAUUAGACAACUAUAGCUGUCUGAAAGAAUUAGCAAAGAAUAAAACAUCCUCAAGUAAACCUUUGAUCGCAUGGGUUAGCUAUGAUAAACCAAGCCAAUAUAAUAACAAUACUCCUUCCUGGAUUAUUGUUGAUGCCGUCUACAAGAAACAGUUGACCGAAGAUGCUGGUGCCAAUUACUUCAACUCAUCUAUUCUAAAAUUCAAUACUAGUGCAGAUUUCUUGAAAAACGUAGCUGACGUUGAUAUUUUGAUCGAUGAAAGUUUUAUCGCUCCUACUUAUGAUGACGUUCUCAAAAAUUAUGGAAUAUCUAAAGAUAACAGUCCUUAUAAAUUUGUCAAAAAUAAGAAAAUCUAUCGGGAAGAUGGUCUCGUGAAUCCAAAUGAUGGUCGUGAUUGGUUGGAAUCGGCGGUUGUAAUGCAGGAUGCAGUUUUAGAGGAUUUGAUUAAUGUAGUAAAUCCGGAUUUACCCGUUUCUGGUUAUAAAAGAAUAUGGUUGAGAAAUGUGGCUACCAAUGAACUGCCAACAGUUUCCAAGGCUGCGAAUUGUACCGAUCCAAAAGCCACAUUAACUAGCCGAGCUGAUAAUUGCGCUACUAUUAAGAGUGCUGGUAACCCACCAGCCAAAUCCUCCAGUGUAGUAUUAACUUGCAAUUUUGAUUUAUUUACAUCGAUUACGGUUGCAUUGUUCGCUUCCAUGUUUGGUAUAAUGAUUCUUUAG